AGAAUAUAUCACUAUAUAAACAAGCCAAAAGCCUCCCUUAAAAGGCACAAACUUCUUCUCAAUAUUCUAAACUAAGAUCAUACCUUGCAAGUGAUACAAAUGGAGCAUCUUGAAAAAGGUCAAGAACUAGAAGUUGAUGAACAAAAAUGGGUUUAUGAUUCUUCCUUUGAUCAUAGAGGGCAUACACCUCUUCGCGCUUCCACUGGUGCUUGGAAAGCGUCGUUGUUCAUUAUCGUAAUUGAGUUUGCGGAAAGGUUAAGUUACUUUGGAAUUGCAACAAGUUUGAUUAUAUAUCUUACUAAAGUCAUCCAUCAAGAUGUGAAGACAUCCGCUAAGAGCGCUAAUCAAUGGAUUGGUGUAACGACUCUAAUGCCGCUUGUUGGAGGCUUUCUAGCCGAUGCUUACUUGGGACGUUUCGGCACUGUUCUAUUAUCAUCAAUCAUCUAUCUAAUGGGUUUGAUCCUGCUAACGAUGUCUAGUAUGAUCCCGAGCUUGAAACCUUGUGCAAGUGAUGAGCUUUGUCUAAAACCAAGGAAGAUCCACGAAAUUGUGUUCUUCGUCGCGAUAUACUUGAUAUCAGUGGGCACGGGUGGCCACAAACCAUCUUUGGAAAGUUUUGGAGCGGAUCAAUUCGAUGAUAAUCAUCCCGAAGAACGCAAAAAGAAGAUGUCCUUCUUCAAUUGGUGGAAUGCAGGCCUUUGUGCUGGAUUAGUGCUCGGUGUAACAGUUAUUGUGUACGUGCAAGAUCACGUCGGGUGGGGUCAAGCAGAUAUCAUUCUCACCAUGACAAUGGCUUGUUCCAUUGUGAUCUAUGUCAUCGGUAGGCCUUUUUAUCGAUAUCGAAAGCCCGGAAGCCCGAUAAAGCCGUUGUUCCAAGUAUGUGUUGCCGCCUUUACCAAGAGGAAUCUACCUUACCCGUCUAGCCCGAAUGAGUUGCAUGAAGACCCCAAACCCGAAAAGGCCCAACAAAGGCUACUUUGCCACACAGAAGCUUUCAAGUUUCUUGAUAAAGCCGCGAUAAUUGAGGAAAAAUAUUUUUCAGAAAAGAAACAAUGUGAUCCGUGGAGACUAUCGACUGUAACAAAGGUAGAGGAACUGAAGCUGCUUUUGAACAUGAUCCCGAUUUGGCUAACUUCACUACCAUUCGGUAUGUGCGUCGCACAAUCCACGACAUUCUUCAUCAAACAAGGUGCAUUGAUGGACCGCAAGAUCACCCAUCGGUUCGCCCUCCCACCAGCCUCAAUAUAUGGUCUAGCCGCGUUCGGAAUGAUCUUUUUGGUAACAGUUUAUGAUAGGAUACUAAUCCCUAUACUAAGAAGGAUAACCAGAACCGAAAGAGGAAUCAAUAUCCUACAAAGAAUAGGAAUCGGGAUGGUGUUUUCAGUCAUAACAAUGAUCGUGUCCGCCAUUGUUGAAAAGAAACGGCUAAAUGUUGUACAAAACGAUCCGUUACAUGGCUCGGCCACCAUGAGUGUGUUCUGGUUGGCACCACAAUUCAUAUUUUUUGGAAUAGCAGAUGGGUUCACUUUAGUUGGACUUCAAGAGUACUUUUACGAUCAAGUUCCUGACUCGAUGAGAAGCUUAGGAAUCGCGUUAUACCUAAGUGUGAUCGGAGCUGGAAAUUUCUUGAGUAGUUUCUUGAUCACAAUCGUUGAUCACGCGACUACCAAAGUGUCCGGGGAAAGUUGGUUUGGGAAAGAUUUGAACAGCAGCCGCAUUGAUAAUUUCUAUUUGUUCCUAGCUGCAAUCACUGCAGCCAAUCUAUGUGUGUAUGUGUAUGUAGCGAGUCGGUACUCAUACAAGAAUGUGCAGAAGAAGACUGAGGUGGGCGUGGCGGAUUGCUACCACGGUGAUGGCCAUGGGACAAGAGAUUGAUGCAUAUGUACCCAAAUAAAUUUGCAGUCCUGUAGUUAUAUAUAGGGAUAUAUAGUUAAAUAUUUUAUAUAUAGGUGUGUUUUAUUUGAUCCAUUUUAUUGGAAAGAUUUUAUUAAAUUGAGUACUAAAGGAUUGUAUAUUUGUAUUUUGUAUUGUGUAUUGUUUUUAGUUGA